AUGAGGGUUAUGUAUAAUGAGAAAAAGGCUACAAAGAAAGUUGUUCAGCAUAAAACAGAGUUGGAUAAGUAUUUAGCGGACGAUUGUGAGGAUGACAAUGACAAAAUUUUUGAUAUCUUGAAUUGGUGGAAGACUAAUUCAACAAAAUAUGUCGUACUCUCUAUGAUAGCACGAGAUGUGUUAGCUAUGCCUAUUUCAACGGUUGCAUCUGAAUUGGCUUUUAGUACAGGGGGUCGUAGGGCUAGAGAACUGUUUUUGGAAAUGAAGGGUUCUGGAAUUAAUCCAGACACGGUCAGUUAUCACACUCUAAUUCAUGGUUUGUGUUGUGUGGGUGAUUGGGAGAAGGGUAGAAGUUUAUUUAUUGAAAUGAUGGAUCAAGGUGUGCCGCCUUCUGUGCGAACGUUUAAUGUGCUCAUAGAUGAAUGUUGCAAGAAAAGGAAAUUGGAUGAAGCAAAUAGGUUGUUGGAACUUAUGAUUCAAAGAGGUGUGGAUCCCAAUAUAAGUGUUGCCAUUAAGUUGCUUGAAGAAAUGGCUAAGGGAAAUGAAGAAUCUAGUGAUAUUUGUAAGCCAAAUGUUGUUCCUUAUAAUACUAUAAUUGAUGGUCUUUGUAAGGCUGCAUUAGUUAAGAAGGCAAGAGAAUUGUAUUUGGAAAUGAAGGGUUCAGGAAUUAGUCCAAGUGCAGUCACUUAUAACAUUUUGAUCAAUAUGCUUUGUAAAAAUGGACAACUAGAAAAGGCAAAUGAGUUGUUGUCACAUAUGGAGGAAAAAGGUUGUGCUCCAAAUGUAUUCACGUUUAAUACCUUAAUGUUCGGUAUCCUCAAGAAUAAUGAGAUACCAAAAGUUGUUGAACUCCUUCAUAAGAUGGCGGAGACAAAUCGAGCUGCAGAAAGGCUCUAUCUUUGUUACCGUACGAAGACUGCAGUUGACAUGACAACAUUGCUGUCAAGAGAAAGAUGUUCUGCCAUCACACAUGCAGUUGUUGUAACAAUGAUCCAUGAAGAUUUGUUUGAUAUGGGAUUUCAAACUGUCAGUGGAAUCUAUGAAGUAGCAUGGUCUAAAAUUGGACUUGGAUCUAAAUCAGUUUGA